AUGGGUAUCGACUUUACAGUCUUCAAGGGUUCCGAAUCCGGUGAGAUCGUGGAGGCCAAGGGCCACCGCGACGUAGGCCCGACGCAAGCUCUAGUCGCACUGUCGCAUUGCGGUGUUUGUGGUACUGAUUCUCAUUACCGGCAAGCCGACCAAGGAUUGGGUCACGAAGGAGUUGGUGUUAUCACAGAGAUUGGAAGCAUGGUUGAAAAGCUGUCGGACUUGAGGGUCGGCGAUCGGGUUGGAAUGGGAUGGCUCCAAAGAACGUGCGGCUACUGUGAAUUUUGUUUGACCGGCAGGCAGUUCAAGUGUCAGAACAGCGAACAAUUUGGGACAGCAAACUUGGACCAAGGGUGCUUUGGUACAGGUGUUGCUUGGGAUGUGAGCACGCUCUUCAAGAUUCCAGACGAAAUCUCGUCCGAAUCUGCAGGACCAUUGAUGUGUGGUGGUGCCAGGGUGUUUUGGACAGCCGUUUGGGGUCCCUUAUACGAGAAUGGAUUCAAAGCAGGUGAUCGCAUCGGGAUUAUCGGGAUGGGUGGACUCGGACACUUGGCUAUUCAGUUUGUCUCGAAGAUGGGAAUGGAGGCCGUCGUCUUCUCCGGUACCGAAAGCAAGAAGGAAGAAGCAUUCCAAUUUGGCGCGAGGGAAUUCUACGCCACCAAGGGAGUCACAAAGUUCGUAGGGAUCGAGCCUGUCGACUGCUUGUUGAUCACUACUUCGGUACUACCUGAUCUCUCAUUGUAUCUACCAGUAUUGGCACCGUAUGCGAAGAUAUUCCCACUCACUAUCAGCAUGGACAAUAUUCCAGUCCCUGCUCUGCCGUUUGUCAUGUACGGCUAUUCGAUAAUCGGAUCUGGAGGAGCUCAUUCACAGUCUGUGAAGGCAAUGUUGAGAUUCGCCGCGGAAUAUUCAAUCAAACCGGUCAUCGAAAAGUUCCCAUUGACACAAAGCGGCGUCACGGAUGCCAUGAAGAAGCUAGACGAGGGUAGCCUUCCCAGGAACGUCUGCGUCUCUGUCCACCAUGCAAUGACCGCCCCAAAACCAUGGCUGAAGGAAUUAACAUUGACCAAGUUACAUCGACUUGCAACCGCACUGGGCACGCCCUGCUCCGGAACGAAGCUUGCCCGUAUAGAAGCCAUCAGUCGUGCAGCGUCCGACUCUGUAAGAGAUGGAAAUAGUAGUGGCAGUGUGUCCCACUUGAGUCUGUUGAGCAUAGAUAUGGGCAUCAGAAAUCUAGCCUUUGCGCAUCUCACGGCCCCAGUGGAAGAAGUCACCCAACCGCUAAGGUAUAUACAAUACCGCAAGCCAACACUACAAGCAUGGCGUCGUAUAGCAGUGGCGGAAUCACUGAACAGCACGAGUGGCCACCCAGACUCAGCGCCGGAGACUUCGAUGUCCACAGUGACCGAAGUAGCUGAAGUGGCCAAAGAGUCAUUCGAGCCUAUUGACUACGCUAGGCAUGCGUACAAUCUUGUCAAAUACAUGCUACGGACUUACAAACCCAAUCACAUCCUGAUCGAGAGACAAAGAUUUCGGUCAGGCGGACAAUCAGCGGUUCAAGAAUGGACCCUCAGGGUUGGCGUUCUUGAAGGCAUGCUCUACUCCGUUCUGCGAACUCUAGCUGAGGAGCAUCGGCUGCAGCUGAGCAUAGAGCCAAUGCAGCCUCCCCGGGUCAACCGAUACUGGCUUGAGGGGCACCAGGGCCUGCUGGGCUCGAAGGAGAAAAAGCUGGUCGGUCGCGACGUAAAAAAGGCAAAGAUUGAUAUUGUUGGAAAUAUGCUCAGAGAUGAAGACUCAAUUUUCCGUGUUGGAAAGGGCGUUCAGCAGGAAGCAGCCGAGUUUGUAUCGCGUGUCAACAAGCAUUCGAAGGACGGGCGAGCUGCUACAACUAAUAUGUCAAAGCUGGAUGAUCUGGCCGACUCGCUUUUGCAAGGAUUGGCAUGGAUCCAUUGGCGAAAUAACAGACGAUGUAUCGAAUUCCUAGGACGAGAUGCAGUUGAUAUGGAGUCUGGAUGCUUAUUGUGA